AUGUUUCAAGUAUACGAACACUCGCCACCCCUGCAGCUGUACGUCAAUGACGGGCAGGGUUCGCCUUAUCGAGGAGACGCAAAGGACGAGAUCUGCGGGGUAGAUGGCGGGCUCCUACCUGGCGGUACUGGUCGGCAGCCCAACUUUCUGCAGAAGCUGUUCGACUUCCUUGCCCUUGAUCCACACCCAUGCCCCGAUGUCAUCUACUGGGCCGCAGACUCGAAGCAGCUUGUGAUUGCCCGUCCCGACGAGCUCGCAAAGACCGUACUGCCGAAGCUAUUCAAGCAUGACAAGAUAUCGUCGUUCGGACGUCAGCUCAAUAUCUACGGCUUCGCGAGAGUCUAUCCCGGCAGGCAGUUCAAAGAUGGCAUGGGAAACAUUCUGGAUGCAUCGGUCUGGGCUCACCCCACCCUUCACCGCCUCUCCACCACAACCGACAUCGCUGCUGUCAAACGCCGCGCCGCUCCCAAGCUCUUCCGUACUCGUCGUCUUGCCAAUGGCCAGGUUGUCCGAACGAGAGCGGGGCCUGAGGUCGAGCGCAAGUUCCGAGAGAUCAAAGAAGACAUGGCUAUGGAGAGGCGGUCCAAGCAUGGCUGGGGAGGAGAAGCUCGGCCGAGUCAGAUCGCGUCCUACGCCUCCAGCACGCCGAUGGUGAUCGACUAUGAUGGACAGCGGGCGAACGAAAUGAGCCAAAGCCCGGCGGACGUCUUCGAGUGGAGCUCGAGCAGCGGUACGAGCUGGGGGAACGUGCCGAUGUUGCCGGUCGAGCAGGGGUUCGAGGGGGAUGGCCAGGUCUAUGGAGAUUUUUCGCCAUCAUACGAGUCGCAACGAGCAGAUCCCUAUCGUCAACAACUAUCAAGCAUCACCGAAGGCGUUCCGAUGGCGCCACACAUCCAUACGUCCCCCGUGCCUGCCCAGCGUGCCUUGCAGUCUGCCCGUCAGUUCCCGCCCAGCUUCAAUGCUCACCUCGCUUCUACCGAAGUCACGAUGAACGUCCAGCACCUGCACGCAGGUACACACAUCGUCCAGCGCAUCGCCGCCCCCGCCGCCCAGAACCCCUUCGCCGUCCCGCAUUCCCUCGACCACAAUCAUCACUCGUCCCCUAUCGACAUCCGCGCCCCGACUCCCAACCACCAGCCGAUCGGGUCUUCUCCGCUCUCAUUCACCGGCCCCUCCUCGCAUGCCGACCCCUACGCCGUAUCUCCCGACACUACUCCGCCCAGUGGGUUCGCAUCGCGCGAGCUCUCUGUGUAUCCCGAUAUUCAGAGCUGGGAGCGGACCGGUGUUAUAGAUCCUCGAUGGGUCAGUCCGAAGGGCACAUACGUCUUCAAUACCCCGGCGCAGACUCCGCGGGCGGGCAGCCCCAUGAUGGUCUCGAGCUAUCUGGUGGGAGAGGGGGAAUCGCAGAGUUGGGGUGCGCCCUCCAGCUUGUCGCUGACGAGCGGGGUGAGGGACAGUGGUGGUGCGUGGGGUCCGGCGGGUGCGAUGCCACCUACGUACCUUCCUGCGCAACACUUUGAUAUGAGCAUGUGA